CCUGCACCUACUGCUGCUGCUUUCAGGAACCUCCUCCUCUCUCAUUGUUUUUGUGUCAGGAUGUUCCCUGUGAUAUCUAAAUGCAAUUCCGUUGUUUCUGGCUAAAGGUACCCGGCAUUUGGUGGCUUUAAUGUUCCGUGCAGCUAACAGAAAAGCCAUCAGCAAAGAGGGAAACGGCUGGCACUUUCGCCGGACUAUGGACGAGCUGGUCCAUGAUCUGGUGUCAGCACUCGAGGAGAGCUCAGAGCAGGCGGCGCGGGGCGGCUUCGGCGAUGGCGGUGACCACGCCCUGUCCGUGGGCUGCUUGUUGAAAAGACAGGCACGCAAACGCCGAGGCAGGAAACGGCGCUCGGACAACCCACACCCGUCCUGGGAGACGGGUCACCUGAGCGAGGGCUCGGAGUCCAGUGUAGAGGAACACAAGGACUAUCGUGCCAGCACAGGAGGCGUGUCUGCCAACAGUCAUGCUCGCGACAACAGCGACUCCGAUGAGCAGCUCGGUCCCAAACGCCGCACCCCUUUGACUUCUGACAUGGGCAGAGGCAAGCGCCCCUUGUGGCCUGACGACCUCGGCAUCUUAGGAGCCGCAGAAGGAACACGCAGCCUUAGGCGACGCCGCAAGGUCAAACGCAUGGCCGUGGACCCUCCUGCCGAGCCGGAGCCCCCUUCCACUAUGAUGCUGGCUCCUCCGCCCGUCCCAAAACCCCGCAUGGGAGCCAGACCCCACAGACUGAGCCCCAACGAAGGCAGGGUGGCCAUGGAGAUCUGUGGAGGUGGGCUUUCGGGGCCGAUGGGAAGGAAGAGCAGGAUGAAGAAGAGGAAGCUGCUCCCCCAUAGAGUUGGGGUGGAGGCUGCCGACGAAGGCGUGGUGGUGGAGAGCGAGGAGCUCGUUACAUCUCCACUGGAGGCCUCCAAGGACAAGAUGGAGCUGGAGGUGCAGAAGGGGUCAGAUGAGGAGAUGAGUGACAGUGAGACCAGCAGUGUGAGUAACAGCAGUGACGGGGGUCUCUACACCAACGAUGAGGGCAGACAAGGUGACGACGAGCAGAGUGACUGGUUCUACGAGGGUGAGCCCGGCUCCGGUUCGGCACCUGGUGGCGCUUGUGGGGUGGCGGGGGUCAUCCCCUGGUGGGAGAGGGACGCCGGCUCGGAGGAACUAGAUCUGACAGACCCGGUCUUCAACAACAUCCUUACAGGGUCCUUCCCCCUAAUGACCACCGAUGCCAAGAGAGGUUUCCAGGCCCGACUGAACCGUCUCCACGGACACCAGAAGCAGGGCUGCGGCGGUCAGGAGCCAUGGUUCAGCUCAGGUUCCAGGAGGGACCACGGACAGUUGCACUGGGACACUCGUUCAGACAGAGGCCACUGGAGAAGCUGCUCUGUAAAAACAGCCAACAGACAGACGAGCGGCCACCUCGGCUCCCUGUGCAUGGGGGAUGUCAAACGGAGGCGGAAAGCAGCUCCCCUCGGCUCCAUGGUGCCCUCAGCAGUGGUCGGGGAGAACAUGCCCCCCAUCCCGGACACCAACGUGGGCAACCGCAUGUUGCAGAGCAUGGGGUGGAGCCCGGGCUUGGGCCUUGGCCCAGAGGGGCGGGGCAUCACUGAGCCUGUCCGGGCCUUACAGAGACCAAAGGGCGCAGGUUUAGGUUUCAUCUGACACAGCACAGUUCUGGGACCUAAAAAGCGGGCUAAGGAGUGAGACGUCACUGCAGGAAAAUAGCUGUACAGGAGGCAUUGGAAAAAACUCUUUCCCAUAUUGGGGAGACUGCAAGGACCCUAGGAGCUGGUGAGUGGAUGUGAGCUGAAACUCCAUGUUGGAGGAUCUUUUAUGGCCUUUCUUCCUCAUCAGCAACUUUCAGGCCACCAGAUAAAGUGACCACACAGCUUCAGUCGGCAGGUCAGCGGUUUAUUUAUGAAUAGUUCCGUCUGAUGUUGCGCACAAGUCUGGACAAUACCUCAAGAUAAAGGCUGUAUGAAGUUACACUAUAUGGAAGUGGAUGGACCCUCUACGUUUAAUCACGUACACAAUGUUUAUCCUUUAAAAGAAAAAAACAAUGUUUUGCACACCAAUAAGUGCAUUUGCAGCAAUAUGUCCCUAUUAUAUUUUAGUUAUAAGAUUUUAAUCUUGACUGACAUUUAAAUUGUUUUAAUGUUCAAGUGGAGGCUUGGAAAAUUGUUUAAAUUAUGUAAUAAAUGUAGUCGAUUGAUUCAUUGAAAGCUGGUCAGAAUUUUAAAAUAGUACGCAGGAUUUGCAUUUGAUUAUAAAGAAAAUCAAUAAAAAAGAUGCUACUUUGCAUAUUUUUUGAGUUAGUAUUUCUUUAAAUUAGUUUUUGUCUUGACACUUGCAAGUCAGUCAGUGUGACUGUAUGUGAUCAUAUAUCCUGUGAUGACUUAUAAAGAUGCUCAAAAUGUACAGGAGAAGUCCAAUAAAGUGAUGUGGCACUGAACUGAGAA